CCGGGCGAGCGUCUGGGUCGUCGUCGUUGUCGUCGUUGUUGAGCGCCGCGUGGCGAGACGCGCCCCGGCGUGGAGGAGCUGUCCGUGUGCAGGAGCUGUCUGUGUGCAGGAGCUGUCCGUGUGCAGGAGCUGUCUGUGUGCAGGAGCUGUCUGUGUGCAGGAGCUGUCUGUGUGCAGGAGCUGUCUGUGUGCAGGAGCUGUCCGUGUGCAGGAGCUGUCUGUGUGCAGGAGCUGUCUGUGUGCAGGAGCUGUCCGUGUGCAGGAGCUGUCUGUGUGCAGGAGCUGUCUGUGUGCAGGAGCUGUCUGCGUGGAGGAGCUGUCUGUGUGGGGCGCCAUGGGUGGAGGGGCGUCUUGGAGAAAGUCGCCGGUGGUGGAGGAGGUGGUGGAGGUGGCGUCCCCGAGACGAGGCCAGGGCGGCAGCAGCAGCAGCCAGGAGCGGCUGGAAGAGAACUACAGGGCCCUGUGGCGGCGAGAGAGCCAGGCCGCUCGGCACGUGCAGGGGAGCGACGGCGUCCAGGAGGUGGGAGGCUGGAGGAUCGUGCGAGUCUUCGUGUCGUCCACCUUUGCCGACUUCCACGCCGAGCGGGAGGUCCUCGUGAAGCAGGUGUUCCCGUGCCUGCGCGAGUGGUGCGAGAGUCGCCGCUUGCGCCUCUGCGAGUGCGACCUGCGCUGGGGCGUCCCCGCCGGCUCCAGCUCGGCGAGCGUGCUCCAGACGUGCCUCGGGGAGCUCGACCGCUGCCACGGCGACACGCAGGGCCGCCCAUUCUUCCUGGGGCUCGUCGGGCAUCGGUGCGGCUGGAUCCCCUCGCCGGAGGAGGUGCCGGAGGAGAUGGCCUCCCGGUACGCCUGGGUGCCGGGCUUCUCCGUCACGGCCAUGGAGAUAGCGCACGGCGCCUACCGCAGCCGCAACCCGAACGCCGUCUUCUACGUACGCCGCAGCAACCUCACGGCCAGCCUGCCGGAGUGGGCGCGGGCCGACUUCGCGGAGACGGAGGCACGGCGCGCUGCGCACGUCGCCGGCACGCGCUCCGCCGUGCUCGAGCGUUUCGCGCCGUCGGGGCAGGCGCGGGAGUACGACUGCCACUACGCCGGCGACGACUCCGGCACCGACGACUCCGGCACCGACUCCGGCAAGCGGAUCCUUGUGUCAGGCCUGGAGGAGUUCAGUGUGGGUGUCCUCAGCUUCUUCCAGGAGGCCAUUCAGCGUCAAUUCCCCGACCGCACGCCUGGCACGGAGGGCCUCUCCUGGGAGCGAGCAGAACACGAGCAGCACCGCGAUUUCCUAGAAACGCGAAGGGAGCUCGUUUUGGGUCGAGAUCGAGAAAUGCGGAAGAUGCUGUCCCACAUCUGCAGGCCUCAGAGUCAAGAAGCCGAAGCGCCGGACUCCGACGAGGAAUUACCGCCGGCGCCUGUUGUCCUGCUACUCGUUCGGGCCGAGCCAGGCAUGGGGAAGUCAUCGCUCAUGGCGAGAUGCGUGGCAGAGACGUUAAAGAUGCCAGGCCUCUCGGUGUUCUACCACUUCAUUGGCUGCUGUCCAAGCUCCACAGAACUGAUCAACUUACUUAAGCGUCUCUGUUGCCACGUGAACCCCCCUUCAAAAGAGACGUUGUUGGAGACCCUGGAAAACUGCACGGACGAAGAGGCGUGCUCCCAGCCACUGCAGGAGAUCCUGGAGGUUACUGGUGAAGGGGAGCUGUCGUUAGUCAUCUUCGUAGAUGCCCUGGACCAGUUCUCAAGUCACGCGUCGGCCAGCCACCUCUGCAGUGCCCUCCUCCGGGCUGCGGAAGCCGGAGGGCCCCACGGCGGAGCUACCUGGGUGCUGAGCUCCGCCGUGGGGCAUGGCUGGCAGCACGAGGCCCUCUCGUGGAGCGGCCCCCUCGUGGAGCUGGGCCCACUGGCGGAGGACGAGGCCCGGGAUGUCGCGACCGCCUUUCUGCAGAGGUUCAACAAGAGGCUGGACCUGGCCCAGAUGAGCUCUCUCACGACCAACCCUGGAGCUCGUCUGCCGCUGUGGCUGGCCCUGGCGUGCGAGGAGCUGCGAGUGUUCGGCUCCUUCGAGGGCCUCUCGCACCACGUGGAAUCGCUCCCCGCCGACCUGCCCGCCCUCCUCGCCCAAAUCCUGGGACGGGUCACGGCGGAGGACCUGAGCGGGCUGCUCGGCAAGAUGCUGUGCUUGCUCGAGUGUGCCCCUCACGCCCUGGCAGAGGUGGACCUGCGGUGCAUCCUGGGUGGCUGUACGGAGGGAGGCAGCCUUCCCAUGAUGCAGUGGGCCCAGACGAGGCGUGGGGCCCGCGGUCUGCUGAGGGGGAGUCUUGACGACGGAGGUCUGGAGACGAUUGGAUUCUGCCACAACGCUGUGGGGGAGGCGGUGCAGUCCUGCCUGCUCUCGCACGAGGGCGGCCGCCACGGCUGCCUGAUCGCCCUGGCCGACCACUUUGAGGGCUGUUGCCGCGGCGACGAGGGCCGCUGGGCCGCCGUGGCGACCGUGCUGCCGCGGCUGCUGCGGGAGGCCAGGCUGGACGCGCGGCUCGUUGCGUUCCUGCGCAGGGACCCCCGCGGAGUUCGCGUUAACUUCAUCGCUCGCCAGCAGUUCCUGAAGGAUCUGCGCUGCAAGAUGAUCGUCUGCAACGGAUUCUCCAGGAAGGCUGUCAUCAUGUGCCAGACCUGCGCCUUCAGCGUGCGAGCCUUUGGACAGAUGUUCUUAAACAAGGACAGCUGUGCGAUCUGUGGGACCGCUGCGCACACCGCCUCGAAGGAGGCCUACUUGUGUCACAUUCACCAGCGGCUGCCGAAUCGCGAGGACUGCUUCCUGUGCGGCCGGGCCCUGAUGGGAACGGGGAGUAAGGCGGCGGUGCGGCUGUGCCACAUGUGUGGCUUCCGCGAGGCGUGCGUGCACCUCGCCGGCACGUGACGCCCGCGAACGCCUCGCUCGCUCCCCCUCAUCAACCGCGGGGUUCUGCACGCUCGCCCAACUCGCCCUGCUUUCGCGUCUCGUGCUCUGUCUGGUAUCCCAUCUACCAGUAUGUCUGUCUGUCCGUUCUGGUCUGUUUGGUUUCCCAUCUCACUUAUUCUUUGUCUGCAAGUUCCUCUGUUAUUCAUGGUGCCGUCCAUUUGUCUGUCAGCCUAACGUGCAAUCCGGAGGUCGCCGUCCGAUCUCUCGGCGAGGCAGUUGAAACAAUGAACAGGUUGCCCUUUAAUCCCUUUCCCUGCGCCCACAUCCACACCUCUCGUCCACCCAGCAGCAUAAAUGUGUAACAACCACAAUUAGAGUCCAACGUGUGUUCGGCAGGUCGAGUGUGGCGAGGUAAAGCGGCGUGGGUUUACGCUCACCGCUCGCAAGACGUUUGGCCAGUGUGGAAGAACUAAAACACAAACAUCCCUUGUGCAAUGGGUUCUCAACCGUCGUUUGGCGACGGAUAAAACCCCACUUUUUAAUUUUGUUUCAAACGAGUGAACCCCCCUUUGCCUGACCCCAACACGGUUCUGAGAAAACACAUUCCUGCGGAGGGAGCUGGUAGGAACGUUGGGUUGCUCGGUCAAUGGCCAGGGUCAACGGCGGCGUGGUGUAUUCCGCAAAUAUGCCCGACUGUGAGGGCGGGCACAAGCCGGCGUGAGUAGGUCAAACGUUGAGUUUUAUAAGGGCACCACGGGGU